AUGCCUGCCAUCUCCGCCGCCACCACCACUGUGCUGCUUCUCCUUGGCAUCCUGCCUCUCAUCUGGCUGCCCACCAGCGGAGCCCACCACAGCCACCCACUCUGGGGGGGCCCACACCCCCACAGGACCCCACGCUGCUACUCAGCUGAGGAACUGCCCGACGGCCAGCCCCCCCCUCACCUGCUGGCUCGAAGUGCCAGGUGGGAGCAGGCCUGGCCUGUGGCCCUGGUGUCCAGCCUGGAGGCGGAGAGCCACAGGCGGCAGCCCCAGGGGGCCCUGGCUGGGCCUCAGUGCCCCGUGCUGCGGCCUGAGGAGGUCCUGACAGCCGACACUCACCAGCGCUCCAUCUCGCCCUGGAGAUACCGCAUCGACACGGACGAGAGCCGCUAUCCGCAGAAGCUGGCCUUCGCCGAGUGCCUGUGCCGCGGCUGCGUCAGCACCAGGACGGGCCAGGAGACGGCGGCGCUCAACUCCGUGCAGCUCCACCAGAGCCUGCUGGUUCUGCGCCGCAGGCCCUGCUCCCCCCACGGGGCGGAGGCCACCUCGCCAGGGGCCUUUGCCUUCCACACAGAGUUCAUCCGCGUGCCCGUGGGCUGCACCUGCGUCCUGCCCAGGUCGGCACCGUGACACCAGCCUGCUGCCCCGGACCAGGCGCCCCUGCCAAGGGCCCGUGAUUUAUGUGUAUUUAUUGUUAUUUAUGUGCCCGGAGCAGGGCCACCUGGGAUUCCAGGGCCAGCACCACUCCGGCGGCCAUCUGAGCAGUGCCCGAGCUGGGCAUCCCCAGAGUCUGGGUGGGCUGGAAGGCUGCUGUUCCUGGUGCUGAGCGCCUGCCCGGCCGCUCCCUGGCCGCCCCCUGGCCGCAGGCUGCUCCCCU